UUGUUUUCUACUUUGUCAAUUUUUUAUUCAUUUAAUUGUUCAUAAUCAGAGCAAAUAUUCACAUAAAAUAAUGGACGUGCCUUUGCCUUCACUUCUUCCUGGUAUUUUCCCUACAACGAAUAGCAUGCUUCGUGGGUCAGGUAUUCUCUACUGGCUCUCAUCAAAAGCGGGUCUUAUUAAUUGCUCAAAGCCAGUUCAUGCAACUGUUUCCUUCCAGAUCAAAGAUUUUUGUGAUUCGGGUGUCACCGACUUGACUCAAUAUCUUAGAGUGGGCUUUCGCUUAGCUUUUCAUGCCAUUCCAAAUAGCAGUAGUGAGUGGAUUGCAAAUUAUGUUAGUCCAAUUAGUGAACAGGAUUUGGCUAACGGUGUAACAAAUGAUGAUCAAGAAUUAAAUAUUGAAUCAUUUGAAAGUAAUAAUAUGCCAACAGGAAAGAACGGCAAAGACACUUAUUCUUUAGAAAAAGAAAUGCGGGCACUUUCUUUUUUACUUGGAAUUUUUCAAAAAAAUGGUCAACUUUACAUUCCUCUUUCAAAUUUACAUAGUCGUAUUAGCAACUCUGGCGAUGCAGAAUUGUCUCGUUAUAUUGGCUCUAGUUCAUUAAAACGCCGACAAUUUGUUGAGGAUCGUUCUUAUAUUUUUAUGUUGGCAGAUAAUGAUGUUGUUUAUUUGCAAGCACCAGAAAUUUACCAAACAGUCACUCUGCUUGCUGAUUUUCUGUUAAAACAUGGUGGUGUUACAAGUUCUGAUCUUCUCUUUUCUUUCUUCAACAAAUGCGUAAAUAUUCCAAUUUCAAUUAAAGAAAGCAUUCAAAAUCGUAAGUCGCCCACUUUUUAUGCAAUUUUUAUCUCGCCAUCCAUUUGCUUUUGCACCAUUUCCUUCUCAAUAUUUUGUUGGCGUUCGUCGCAAUUUGCCAUUUUUUGA